CGGAGGCGGAGGCGGGGGCGGGGAGAGGGGGAUAGUGAGAGAGGCGAGAGAAUGAAGAUCUGGACCUCCGAGCAUGUCUUCAACCACCCUUGGGAAACAGUUUUCAAAGCUGCCAUGCAGAAGUAUCCCAAUCCCAUGAACCCAUGUGUUGUAGGAGUGGAUGUAUUAGAUCGACGUAUUGAUGACCAAGGCAAGUUACAUAGUCAGAGGCUGCUCAGUACGGAAUGGGGUCUACCAUCUGUUGUUAAAUCACUCAUUGGUGCAUCAAGGACACGGACAUAUGUACAGGAACACUCCGUUGUGGACCCUGUGAAACGGACCAUGGAGUUAAAAUCUGCGAAUAUAACAUUAACAAAUCUAGUAUCAGUGGAUGAACGAUUGGAGUAUAAACCUCACCCGCAGGAUCCAGAAAAAACUAUCCUUACCCAAGAAGCUAUUAUCAGUGUGAAAGGAGUCAGUCUCAGCAGCUAUAUGGAAGGAAUAAUGGCAAACACGAUCUCUGCAAAUGCAAAUAAAGGACGAGAAGCAAUGGAGUGGGUAAUCCGCAGGUUAAAUGCUGAAAUUGAAGAGUUGGCUGCAUCUGCAAGAGGAAGUAUCAAAAUGCCAAUGGCUGCGACAUCAGUAGAGUAAUGGAGAGUUGUUGAGAAAUAUGUUGCUGGCCUCUGAGCUACUCAGCCAAUUCCUUCCCACUGUGCAUUUCAUUUCCCUAGUUCACCAGGGCUUCAGGUUGAAGCAGCAUAAACCUAAUUGACUCUUGCUCUGUUUCAGUGGCACACCAUAUACAACUGUCUACUGAUUGUGGUUGUGCACCUGCUAUAUAGUGCAGAGGCUUUCCUGAAGGGGUGUUUGGUUUGUUUUGAUGAAUAUAUUAGAAUAGAUGCACAGAGGGAAGUAUUGGCUUCAAUAUUUAUUACUAGGUAUAUUAUAAUGUUGACAGAAUUGAAAGAUGGCAAAGUUAGCAAUGGAGGAGCUUGUGAUCUCCAGUUUGGCAGCCCAUGUACUUGCAGAGUUUAAAAAUGAAAGUGUUUGUGCUGCUUACUUGAGUUGAUCAUUAAAGCAGUACCCUCCCUGGUGGAUCACUAAACAAAGAUCCUGUCUGUUAACUGUUCUGAGAACUUGAGAAAAGUCGUUGCUUUAACCUCCUGUAACAAACAGCAAAUUAUUGCAGCAUGCAUAUUUUAAAUUUCAGUAUUAAAAUUAGGAAGUUAAACUUGUAGAACUAAUAUCCAGUUCUCAGUCAUGUAAAGCAAUAUUCUUUAAUAAAUGGGCCUUUAUCAUUGUGAGAGAUAAUAUUGUACAGAAUUUAAGGAGCUAAAACAUUUAGAUUUGAAGUCUUCAGGUUAAGAACAAGUCUGCCGCAGAAAACCAAUAGUAUAGCCAUCAUCCUAAAAAAAAUGUUGAAAUUGUGCAUUUUGUAUGAAUGUUCCUGUGAAUUUCUGGGUAACCAAAUUUUGGGAAUCUAUUUGUUUUAUUAACAUUUACAAGUUAACCUAGAGUGAAAUGUCCAACAAAGUUGCCAAGGAUUUUCUAUGUUGUGUCAACAUUCCGAAAGCACUGAAGCAUAACUGAAAGUUUUCUGAAUGUUGUAGAACUUAGAUCAGGUGCUUUUUUUAAAAGAGCAGCCAUAAGAUUGUUCUACCUUAAUUACUUUUGAUCGUCACAGGACUGUCCUCUGAUCUAACAGUAAAUUAGCACAAGAAAAUGCAGUUUGCCUCACCUCAGUUUAUUAAUUUCUGGAUUUAUCAAAUUUUCACUGAAGCUUUGUGAUCAUCCUUGCAUACCAUGGCUACCUGAGUGACUAGAUGUGGGCGUCUGUCUUCUGACCCUAAGACCCAGUGUUGGUUUUGGCUACUGAUCUUAUACCCCGGAUGCUACGUAGUUACUUGUUGACCAUAGGGAAUCAAUACUUUAGUAGCUCCACACUAAUGUCUCACGGUUAAACAUAGCAUUGUAUUCUGUAGAGAAGAGUCUUUGUUGUGGUAAAAGACACUUGACAAAUUCUGGAGCUAGGCUCGCCCUCUGUGGUCUCUUUUAUUCUUAAGUUGCUUUAAAGAUUUUCAAAGCACUUAAGAGUGUACAAAAUUUGAAUUUCAUUGUAUUUUGCAGGGUUCUAGUUCCAAAAGUUUCCAGUUCUGAAUGUAAAGUGUUUACUGUAACUUGCAGAGUUGUUGAUUGAAGUGUCAGUUUGCCAUCAACCCUGCCUCAGGAUCAGAAGGCAACUGAUACAAGCACACUAAAACAUUGACAGCACAAUAGUAACACAGCGCAUAGUAAUGCUAUUCUUCAUAUGAAAAUUUAUCAAGUUAAGCGAUCAUAAAAGACCCUGAGUCAGUAUUUAACAAAAGGGGAUUUUCCACUGCUUUGGCUAACAUUCCUCCAUCAGUGCCAUCAAAGGUGUAUUAACUGAUCACUUUUUACUAGUUGUGGGACCUUGCUGUGUUUGCAAUACUGUAUGUUACUCUAUACAAGUCAUUCAAUGGUAUUUAGUUAAAGAUGAGGUUAAGAAGUGAGUGCUUCAUUAAUUUAUUAGACUUUUACCUUAACUUUCGUUACAGUUUGGAAUUGAGAAUCAUAUUUGAGCUGGUAAACUUGAAAGCUGCUUAUCUGAGCUCUCUUUCUGUACCACUUUUUGUUUUUGUUGGGAGAGUUGAGAGCUUUUGUCUCCUGAAGUGAUGCUGCUGAGCUAUUCCCUGUUAUGGGCAGUGUUUUUACAGAGUACCAGCUAUGUGCAGCAGGGUUUUGGAUUGCUCUCAGGGAAGGUUUUGUGCUCUGCCUUCAUUAUACUGAGAGGGAGGGCAAAUGCAGAGCUUGUGCCUCCUGUGCAGAAGUUUGCUUCAGUGCACGACUGGCAAGUACCAAUUGCCAAUGCCUUCAUUCACCUGUGCCUUCUGUCCCAGGACACAAUGAAAAUCUGAUGCAGGGACUUGUGGGUUCUCCUGAUCUUCACUAUUUUCCAUAAAGCAUCACACAAUAUUUUUUGUAAUUAAAAAACCUCCUCUUUGUUCCAAACAUCACAUUUUAAUUUAAGCAAUCCUGUUAGCAAUACUUAAUAUACGUAUCUGUCGGUUCACCUUGGAGUUUUGCCACUGUCGGACAUAUAGAUAAUUUGUGCCAAAACACAUUCACUUAAACGUGAAUAGAAAUUAAAUUUUAAUAAAUUGGGUUUCUCCAUUAAUAUAUUGGAAAAUGUCACUGCAUAUAAUGAGUUUGCUGUUAAGGCUUGGUUUGUAUAACUGUACAACAAGGAGUUGAGCUUGAAGUAGAUAAAUACAUAGGGGAAGGUAUACUUAAUGUUUCAGGUCGAUUAAAUUUUCAUCAGAACAACUUC